GGGCAGAUGGCGGUGCCACUCGGCCAGGAGAGGAAGGCACGGCUCAGCCAGACACCCCAUUAUUACGAGGGGUACUUGGAGAAGAAGGCGCCAUGGGAAAAAGAAUACAAGAAAUUCUGGGCUGGCCUUCGAGGCCUCAUUCUUUAUUUCUACAACAGCAACAGAGAUAUCCAGUAUGUUGAUCUUCUUGACCUGGCCGACUUUGUGGCUCUGGCGGACGAGAAUCCCCCAAGGACGGUGGCUGUCUGGUCCACGGAAGGGGCCAAGUUGACCAUCAGGAUGAGGACCCAAGAUGUGCAGCUGAAGAUGGAGAGCUUGGAGUCUCGGGAGAUGUGGAAAGCAUUCAUUCUCACAAUGGUGGAGAUGAGGGUCCCCUCCAGUCUGGCCCUGCUUCCGGGCCACCUCUACAUGCUCUCGGAAGCUCUCGAGAAGGAGAGGGAGCAGCGAUUAAAGACGGACCUGCCUGAUGCACGAGAAGGUUCCUCCAGCCCCAAGAUCCCAGAGCGCUCCGUUCCGCCUGGAGGAGACUUACCGGAGGCAAAACAGCCAGACUGUUUUUUCAGAGUCUCCAGGACAGAAGCGGAGGUGCUCCUGGAGAAGAACACUGGCUGCGGGAACCUGCUUCUGCGCCCGGGAAAAGACGGCAAGAGCGUCUCCGUGACCACGCGGCAGGUGGUGAAUGGAACUGCUGUUCUAAAGCACUAUAAGAUCAACCAAGCUGGCAAACAAUACAUCAUCGAUGUUGAGGAUCCGUACUGUUGCUCCUCCUUGGCAGGUGUGGUGGAAUUCUUUGUGAGGACCAGCAAACACACCCUGAUCCCCCUACAGCUCGAUGACAGCUACGCGGAAACCCUGGAGUUCGUGUUGACGGAUAACGAAAACGGGGAAAGCGUGCGGAUGGUCCCAAAGCCGCCCCGACUGCCAGACAUCCCCACGCCGUCCCCAAGAGGUGACUCUGCUCGGUCUAUGGCAAAACGGAAUCUUUUCCUUCUCGCUGGGGGCUAG